GCGCUGCCGAAUAAACGAAAUAAAACCCUUCUCUUCCCCCGGCGAGGGACCUCUCCGCCCGCUCUAUUCCUAGAUUCAAAACACCCUAUCUCCCUCCCAAUCCGCGAUAGAGAGGGAGAGAGAUGAGCCGGUUGAUGGGCGGGGGGAGCACGAAGGAGGGCGGAGGUGGGUUGUUCGACCUGACCCCGCACAAGAUCGCUGUGUGCCAUCUCAUCCAGCUCUUCGCCCCGCCCGCCCAGCAGGCCGUGCCCUUCCCCUUCCACUCCGUCGCCCACCACAACCGCCUCGGCCUCUUUCUUUUCUCCCUCAUCCGGUCUUGUGAUGAUUUCGUGGAACCUCCUUUAGAAGAACUUAUAAAUCAGCUAAAGGCAGUUGGCGGUUUAGUCAGUGAUUGGCUAAGUGAACAUUUGAUGAACAGCCUCUCAGCACUAUCUUCUCCAGAUGAUUUGUUUAACUUUUUUGAAAAGCUGCGAGGUGUCCUUGCAGCCCCUGAAGGUGCAAAUUUGGAAGAUGAUCAAAUCUUGCUGGAUCCUAACAGUCAACUUGGAGUAUAUUUGCGUUGUUGUAUAUUGGCUUUCAAUCUAUUAUCCUUUGAGGGUGUCUGCCAUCUUUUGACUACUAUAGGGGCAUAUUGUAAUGCAAGUGAUGCUGCAUAUGAGUUACCUGAAGAUGAUGAUUUUAAUAAUGGAUCAGAAUUGCAUGAAUUGCUGGAGGAUGCAGACCUAGACCUUGGAACUGUUGAAUUUCAUAAGUAUGAGCAUAAUUUUGAAGCUGAGACACGCUCUGGAGAAUGUUCUUCGCUCCAUCUUCAUGCACCUAGGUCUCUUUACAGUCUCGUUGAAGAUGUCCAAGUUUCAGUUGAACCCAAGUUCAAGCAUGACGAUGAUGGUGCUCGAAGUAGUGAGGUUGUUUCAUUGCUGAACAAUAAUUUCAGAAGUGAUGAUAAUCUAGGAAUCCUACGCUCAAGGUGGCAAAUAGAGGGAUACCUGAAUAUGCAAGCUGAUUUCCUUGAAAAGGAUGCAAGCUCAUUUCCCUUUAAUUCAUUAAAUACUUAUCUAAAGCAGCUUCAAAAGCUAGCUCCGGAGCUCCAUCGUGUCCAACACUUGCAAUAUGUGAAUGCUGUAUGCCAUGAUGAUUAUAUUGCUGCCUUGGACAAUCUUCACUGCUAUUUUUUCUAUAGUGCAGGGAUGGAAGGACUUUUCAGCCGUUCAUCUUCUCCACCUUCUGAUAUUCAGAUGGGAAGAUAUGAGACUGCUUUAUUGUGCCUAGGCACCAUGCACUGUCAUUUUGGGCACUCCAAGAAAGCUAUUGAGGCCCUUACUGAGGCAGUGCGGGUCUCUCAACAGAACAAUGAUGAUCCAUGCCUUGGUUACACGUUAGCAGCCAUUUGCAACCUGUUGUCUGACAUAGGCAUUUCAAGCACCACUGGAAUUAUUGGUUCUCCAUAUUCACUUGGAACUAGUACUGGUCUAGGUACUCCAUUAUCCACCAGGCAGCAGUUACUUGUUCUUCUGAAAAGGUCCCUUAAAAGAGCUGAAAAUUUGAAGCUCAUAAGUUUGUUGGCUUUCGAUCGUCUUGCAUUGGCAAAAUUUGAUCUUAAGCAUGUAAAAAGACCGUUGCUAUCUUUUGGUCCCAAAGCUUCUACAAUGCUUAGAACAUGCCCUACUAACGUUUGCAAGGAACUGAGGUUAAGUUCCCAUGUGUUGAGUGACUUUGGAUCAGAUGGCUUAUCACUGCAGACUGAAAAUGGUGCUUUUAGCACCUCAUGGCUUAAGAACAUUAGAGUUGCAACUAAUCCAUGGCUCAAGAACUUAAGCAAGUCAAAGAGCUCAUCAUCAAAUGAUUAUGAUAUAUUUCACUUUGAUGCGCAGCCAAGUCCGAUACCUGGAUCUAUUUUGCAAUUAGCUGGUGCAUCAUAUUUGCUCAGAGCUACUUCCUGGGAGCAUUAUGGCAGUGCCCCACUAGUUCGAACAAAUGCCUUGGUUUAUGCAACCUGUUUUGCUGAUGCUGCAAGUUUGUCAGAGUUAUCACUAGCAUAUGCCAAGCUUAUCCAACAUUUAGCUGUAUUCAAAGGAUACACAGAAGCGUUUGCUGCCCUGAAGCUUGCAGAAGAGAAGUUCCUAUCUGUAUCAAAAUCACGGAUCCAGCUGCUUAAGCUGCAGUUGCUUCAUGAGCGUGCUUUACAUCGAGGACAUCUGAAAGUUGCUCAACAAGUAUGUUAUGAGUUUGGGGUGCUAGCCUCAUCUGUCAAUGGAGUGGAUAUGGAGCUUAAAACUGAGGCUAGCCUUCGACAUGCCCGUACACUACUGGCAGCCAACCAGUUUAGCCAGGCAGCAGCUGUGGCACAUUCUCUUUUCUGCACUUGCUACAAAUUCAAUCUGCAGGUUGAAAAUGCUUCUGUUCUUCUGCUACUUGCUGAGAUACACAAGAAAUCAGGCAAUGCUGUUCUGGGGCUCUCUUAUGCCCUAGCAAGUCUGUCAUUUUGUCAAUCAUUUAACCUAGAUCUUCUUGAAGCAUCUGCUACCCUGACACUUGCUGAACUGUGGCUAUCUCUUGGAUCAAGCCAUGCGAAGAGAGCAUCAACCCUUGUACAUAGGGCUCUUCCAAUUAUUCUGGGUCAUGGAGGCUUAGAGCUACGUGCACGAGCAAAUAUUGCGGUUACAAAAUGUUAUUUGUCAGAUACAAGCUUUUCAAUUUCUCGAGAUCCUUCUGUUGUGUUGGAUCCCCUUACUCAAGCUGCUGAAGAGCUUGAAAUUUUAGAGUAUCAUGAAUUUGCUGCAGAAGCGUUCUACUUGAUGGCAAUUGUAUAUAACACUAUAGGAAAGCUGGAAGAAAGGGAAGCGGCAGCAGCUUCUUUCAGAAAACAUGUUAUCGCUCUUGAAAACCCACAAGAUGAAGGGUAUCCACUUGCUCAUGGGAUUUAAGAAACAACCCAUAUGUUAUGGUUCAUGGAUAUCAGUAAUCCUAUGAGAUCUUGUGGCUCCAAGCAUAUAGAGUUACAUGGAGGAAAUGGUCCAACAUUGACUGGUGGCUUUAUUUUUGAAUGAAUGAUGACAGAGUUAUCUUAAUUUCCAUCAAAUUCAAAAUACUAGAAGCAUCCUUUGCCAAAACUUCUGAUGAUAGUUUUGUGUGUAAAGAUAAACAAUUCAGGUUUUUUUUUUUUUUAUUUCCACAACUGACAAACUCUUUUUGUUGCAUCUAAAUGGAUGCUUGUUAUGCUUAUGUUUUUGCUGCAGCAAGCACCACCAGUAGGCAGCACUUCUGUCAUGCUGUUGUUAGCUGGAGUAAGUUCUUUGCACAUGGAUUUUGCAGAUUUUCCUUGCAGCUAUAUGCAUAUUACUCGGCCACACAUGAUUUUCCAUGGACUGCAAUAUUCGCUAUUUGUAUUGCAACUCCUUGAUUAUGGUAUUUCAUGAGAUACUGAUGGUAUAUAGCACCGUAUAUUUGCCUCUGUACUUAUAUUUUGUACUAAUGUAUUUGUCAUCCUAUAAUUAUAUGUGACAGGCUGUAACUUCCUUUUUUUUCCAACUGUAGCAUGUAGGCUAUUCCGUUCAUCCGGUUACAGAAACAUCCUAACUGAUGAGAGUUUAAUGGUCGGAAUGGAAAUGUUUUAUAGAUCCAAAAUUGUAAUAGAGUUGUGGGACACAUAACUUGCUAGACUGGCUUACUGGUAUGCCUGCGAUCAUGUAGCUACAUUGAUUAUCUGCACCGUCUGAUGCUCAUAUUGUUUGAUACCAUGGUUGGCCUGGGGCUCCAAUCAUUCUUACUGAUGUCUGUUUAAGUGUCUCUAUUGUAAUGGCAGAUCUUCCA